UCCCUUGCCGUAGCCACAUGUUAAUGCACUUUUAUUGAGCAGACUGGCCUGUGAAGCAGCAGCGUUCGAGUUUUGUGAAUCGGGCCUGUCUUUUGCAUGUAAGGCAGAACACAAUUUGCCGUUGUUGACUCUAGUAAAAGCAUUAUGGGAAAAAGCAAGAACAAGAAGUUUAAACAUCCCCGGUUCUCUGCCGAGGGGCUACCCGCAUCUGCUGCAAAGGAUGUCGAAGACGAGGAAGAAGUUGAUUCUCCUGCCGGCGAGUUACUAGAGAAACUGCAGAGUCCCUGUCCGGAUGUGCGGGAGUACGCAUGUGCCAGCAUCUCCCGUAUGGUGCAGCAGAGCCAGGCCAUCCCAGCCUUCCUGCAGCGUGAUGCGGUGCGCUGUCUGGGACCCCUGCUGCUGGACCGUAGUCUGGCUGUGAGGGAGACUGCGGCCGGGGCACUCAGGAACCUCAGUGCCUGUGGAGGGUUUGAGGUGUGUGAAGACAUGGUGAAGCAGGACAUUCUAACACCACUGACUGCUUUGCUGAUAGAGUGCUGCAAAGGCUUUGACUCAGGCUCUGGCCUGUCACCAAAGUCCCAGAAGGACCAGAAGAAUCCAAAGAACCCAGUAGAAGAUGUAGCCAACGAAGCUGUGAACCUAUUGUGGAAUCUUUGUGAAAGCUGUAGCAGGGCAUUGUCAGUGUUCAAUAAAGCGGGCCUCUUAGACAUGCUGAUUCGAUGUCUGGAGCGACACCCGCACAAUAUCGAGCUGGCCUUGUCUGCUGCCCACUGCCUGCAUACAGUGACUGAGGACAACACAGAGCUCCUGGGUUCUCUGAGCACGGCCGUUCUUUCUGGGCUGGAGUCUGUGCUACUGUCUACACAACCAGGCAUGGCACACAUGCUGCUGCGGACACUUGCUGCUGGGUCGGUGUGGAACAUGAAGAGCUGCCUGCCCUCAGACCGACAGGCGCGGACCCUCAGCGCUCUCGUGGCCACCCUCUCUCAGAGCCUGGAGCUGGACUCGGGCACACUGAUCCCAGAGCUGCGAGAGGCUGAGGCGGCCCGGAGCACAGCCGUCUCCUCCGGCGUGGAGAUGGCAGAGCGGGCGGCCGGGGACGUGGAAGCAGAGGAGAUGGAGGAGGAGGGAGACGUGGGGAUGAAGAAUGGGAAAACGACCAACAGGGAUGAUGACAUCUCUGAUCUACUUCCUACAGGGAAGGAGGAGCUGAGGGAAGCCGUCGCACUGCUGGCAGCGCAGCAGACGUCCCUGGAAAUCAUCGUCAACAUGUGCUGCUCAGACGACCCCUCUGAUGACGAAUGGGAAGAGAUGUCCAGCAGUGACGAGAGUGAAAUGUGUCCUGAUGGUAUUUCUGAGGGCAACUCCAGCUUACUGUCCCCCCUCUGUCUGUCUGCUGAAGUUCACAGUGCCCUGCUAAACCACAGCAUCCCAGAGAAGGUCCUUAAAAAGACAGAAUUCCCCAGCAGUGCAGCCAUUGAAGUCUGUGGCAAGAGUCCAGCUUGGAAAGGCCUUAUAAAAAAGAUGCAGCGGGUACAAUGCCGGGCCCUCACAUGCCUCCACAACAUACUGUCUGCCAUGGAGUUCGAGUCCCUGGGGGGAGAGCCUGCUCUUCAGGCUCUGGCAGAGCAUCUCUCCAAACUAGUCUUCAGUAAACCAGAGAUUCCCAAACAGGAGGAGUUCUUGGAGGCAGUCACCAGUGCGGUGAGGUCACUGUUACAAAUCAUGGCCUCCAAAAACAUCCCACAGUGUAUGAGCGCCCAGCAGCUGAUGAGACUGAGCGAGGCAGCAACGCGCUGUGACACAGUCAGCGUGAGAGUGAACGCACUGGCAAUCCUUGGCAUCACAGGCAGCACGUUGGCCAGGGAGCAGGGCACGGCAGACAGCCUCCAGAUGAUAGGGAAUGCCUUGCUCCAGGUAGCCUCAAAGGAUCACAACAUGGUUGUGUGUGGGGAGGCUCUGGAUGCCUUGUUUGAUGUCUUUGCCGAUGGAAAGGAGGCAGAGAAAGCUGCGAAGAACAUCCAUCUGUUACCCUCCCUGAAGGCAUUGCAGCCUGUCUUCAAGGCCAAGUUGCGCAAAGAAUGUAAGGGAAAGUACAGCCCGGACCAGUUGUGUGUGCUGGACAACAUCAAAAUAAAUCUAAGAAGAUUCAUUGGAUAUCUGGAGACGCUGGAGUAGACCUCCAUACCUUAUGAUUGCAGCACUACAGUCUGACUAACCAACUGACAGGGGGAAGUGCACAGGUGUAUGAGACUGAUCAACAGCCAAAGGAUUUGAGAUUGGAUACUUCAGAGGACUGGAUAGAACACUUAAGUGAAAGUGCUUAAGACAAGAAUAAGAAUAUUUGUGUUUGAUUUUGUUCUGUUUGUUUUACCUAUUAUUUUUGAUGAAAAUACCAAUUUUUAUUCAGAGGACUUGAAAUCAAUUUGUU